CCUCAUUUGCAGCCCCUUGGGUCAGCUCUAAUUUUUUUUAAAGGAGGUCAUCUCUAACUAUUGUUGUUAUCAUUUAUAUUUAUCAACAAGUAUAAAUAUACUCUAUACACACAUUAUUUCUUUGAUUGAAAGCCUUCUUCAUACAUUUGUUGCUGCUCUUCUUUUACUGCAUUAAUUAUUACAUUACAUAAACGACAUAUACACAUACAAAAAAAAUUAACUUCAUGUUGACGACGGUAGAACAAACUUGGUUAGCAUUGAAACCAAUAUUUUCUGAGUUAUGCAUAACUCCAAGCAGAAACAAGGUCAAUAACGUUUCAACCGAAACAUCUCCUCCUGAUUUUUGCAAUAUUCACUCAGAUUCUUUCGAGGAUUUGGUCGAGAUAGGCAUAAGCCUGCCAUGUAAUGAAUCAGUGGAAGAAAAACUAUGCUGGUUGAGAUCACAAAUCAUUGGUAAUGAUGUAGAAUUCAACUCUCCUUUUGGUACUAGAAAACUUGUCUAUUCUGAUCACACAGCUUCAGGUCGCAGUCUUCAUUUCAUUGAAAACUUCAUCACCAAACAUCUUCUGCCCUUCUACGGUAAUACCCAUACUUGUGAGAGUUACGUUGGAAACAGGACAACAAAAAUGGUACAUGAAGCAACCAAGUACAUUAAAAAAUGCUUAGGUGGUGGGGAAGACGAUGCACUCAUGCUAUGCGGCUCGGGCGCAACGGCAGCCAUCAAGAGGCUUCAAGAAGUAAUGGGAAUAGUUGUCCCUUCUAUUUUGAGAGAAAGAAUGUUGAGGUGCCUUAGCGAAGAAGAAAGAUGGGUGGUUUUUGUUGGACCCUAUGAGCACCAUUCAAAUAUACUUUCUUGGAGGCAGAGUUUGGCUGAGGUGGUAGAGAUUGGCCUUGAUGAUCAAGGGUUGCUUGAUAUGGAAGCUUUGAAGCUACAACUUGAGGCAUAUAAAGAUACCAAUCGACCCUUGUUGGGAUCUUUCUCAGCUUGUAGUAAUGUAACUGGAAUCUACUCAGAUACACGAGCAAUUGCUAGGCUUAUUCACCAAUACAAAGGAUUUGCAUGCUUUGAUUUUGCAGCAAGUGGUCCGUAUGUGGAAAUUGACAUGAGAUCAGGGAAAAUUGAUGGAUACGAUGCCGUUUUCAUCAGCCCACAUAAGUUUCUUGGUGGUCCUGACUCUCCGGGGAUAUUGUUAAUGAACAAGACUUUGUAUAUGUUGAGAUUUUCACCUCCAUCAACUUGUGGAGGUGGUACUGUUAAUUACGUCAAUGGCUUCAAUGAAAAGGACACAUUGUACUUGGAGGACAUAGAAGAAAGGGAAAACGGGGGCACACCUCCAAUAAUACAAACAGUGAGAGCAGCUUUGGCAUUUUGGGUGAAAGAGUACAUCAACUAUGAAGAGAUUGAUAGAAGAGAACAACUCUACAUUAACAAAGCACUUAAGAAAUUCAUUCCCAACCCAAACAUUGAGAUUUUAGGGAACAUAAGCACCAAAAGACAAGCUAUAUUGUCAUUUGUCAUCUAUUCGACCAUCAAUAGAAGUGAACGCAAGACUAAGAACAAAAGAGGUAAGAUAAUUAAUGGCUCCUUUGUUGCAACAUUGUUAAACGAUCUCUUUGGAAUACAAUCUCGAGGUGGGUGUGCUUGUGCUGGACCUUACGGACAUGAUUUGCUCAACAUCAAUGAAUCUCAAUCGCUUGCCGUUAGAUCAGCAAUUCAAGAGGGUUACGUUGGUGUAAAACCCGGAUGGACCAGAGUUAGUUUUCCUUAUUACAUGGAUGAGGAGGAAUUUGAGUUCAUUUUAACUUCCAUAGAGUUUGUAUCUAUAUAUGGUCAACGGUUCCUUCCACUAUACAACUUCAAUUUGAAAAAUGGCAACUGGAGGAUAAAGAAACAAAAGCUUGAAACCCUAAUGAAGGAAAAUAAUUGUUACUUCAAAGAAACAAAAGAGAAAACAAACAAUGAUUUUAGCAAAGCAGAUGGUGAAUAUAAUGUAAGAAUUAAAUCAGUUGGUAAGUUGAGAAGGAAAUCAUUCGUAGCAGCUAAAUGUAUUGCUAGUCGUCUUCCCAAAUUCCCUUCUCAAAGCAUAGCCUAUCCAGAUGUAGAUCCCAAUGUUCUCCAUUUUAUAGUUUAACUACAAGGAUAUACGUGUGUAUCACAUAGCUGCAACUGUUUUUUUUCUUUGAACACAAUAUACUCGAAAUAAAUUAUUGUAUAAAAUAUA